GGAGAGACCAGAGUACCAGACCACCGGUUUGCAGGAGCAGGAGAUAGCGCGGCGGCCGCGGAGGAGCAGCGGCGGCGACCAAGCCGAGGAGGUGGGAGAUAGGGGGGAGGGAGACGUCUCCUGCGAUGACACCGGCCUCAUCCGCCGCCUACACCGUCAUCGUCGCGAGCGAGCAGAGCAGCAGCAGCCACCGCGCCACGGCGCCGUCCGUCCCGUCGUCCUACGCCGUCUGGGAGAAGGAGCGGUAAGAGAGAGAGCUGUACGUCUGCUGCUGCUGCAAGGAGAGGAGAGGAGGAAACGAUCGUCGGAUCGUGAGGAGCGGCAUGGAGGUGGAGAAGGCCAAGUGCGAGUGCUGCGGGUUCACGGAGGAGUGCACGCCGGCGUACAUCGCGGCGGUGCGGGCCGAGUACCUGGGCCGCUGGGUCUGCGGCCUCUGCGCCGAGGCGGUGGGCGACGAGAUCCGGCGCGAGGACGGGACGCUCACCACGGCCGAGGCGCUGGACCGCCACGUCGCGUUCGCGCGCGCGCCGCGCGCCCGGCCCAGGAAGGCGGCUGCGGCGUCCCCCGACGACCUCGUCGCGGCCGUGGCGCGGCUGCUCCGGCGCUGCCUCGACUCGCCGCCCGCGUCCCCCGCCGCGCCCGCGCCGCCGCAGGGCCGGAAGGUGGCCGCGGGGCCCGGGUGCCCCGACGCGGCCGACGCCUGAACCCCGAAGACCGCACGACGCGGGACGGCGAGCUGCUUGCUCGGCGCCGGCUGCAAUGAUUGGGGCCAUUCGUUGGUUGGAGGUUGAAGCUGAUGGCGAAUUGAAUAUUGAUUACUUGUAGCUGUGCAAGAAUAAAACCCUGGCGGCAUGUGUGGGGGUAGCAGUGCUCAUGCAGGUCGCCUUCGUCUCCCUGAAGAAACAAUAAUUCGUGCCGUGAUCGAUUGAUGAUUGCUCGAGAGAGGAGCGAAUCGCGCUCCGUAUGAUCAUCGAGCAUGAAGUUAUUACGUGUUGGGGGUCUAUCUAGCAAUGGUACUUCUUAUCUGGGGAAUUAUAGCGGAGGACAAGGGGUGUUCCAUUAGCUCAGUACUGAAUUAUUCAGCUAGAGCUAGAUACUGUAGUCAGGUCGGAAGAACAUUGUACUGGACUACUGGAGUUUGUCCUUGACUUCCUUAUAUGCUAGAUGCAACUGUAUUCAUGUAAAUUAUCUUGUAUUUUGCUUGUGUAAUUCUUGCCUCACAUCGACAUUUGGAGUUGUUCAGACUGAAUGCUGCUAUACAAA